AUGAUCGCCGCAGCCAAGUGGUGUGUGGCCCCUGACAAGUUGGCCGUUUGGACGCAACGAGUCGGAAGUACUGCACGAGUACAGCACAGGUUGUGCGCAAAGACGGCCAGAACGGAGCGCGAUACGCUCUGCACGCAGAUCCCCUUGGUCCACAGACGCAAACGGUCCCGCGCUUGUCCGCACUCUCUCGGAGCUCAGCCCCUCUGGCAGCAGCCUGCCAACAACAGACGGCAGGCCAUGAAGGCAGUCUUGCCGCGCCCACGUGGCCGCUGGGACCAGGCCGUGCCGCCGGCGCUGCGGCCGCUCGUGCGCGCAUACCUGCUGGGCUAUGCGUCGACGGUGGCGCCACAGCUGCUGGCGGUGCUGCUGGCGGCGUAUGCAGCGUUGCGGCGACGACGGCGAGCUGCAGCAGAGGGCCUGCCACCCGAGGCCGAAAAGACGGCCUCUCUUGCGGCUGUGGCUGCCUCUGUGCGGCGCAUUUUCGGCGACGGGCUGGCCUGGCACGGCUUCCCGACCUUUUGUGCGGCUCUCGUCGGCGGUGGCACGCUGCUCGAGGUCCCGUUCGACAAGCUGCUCUCCCGGUGGCCGACUGGCCUGUCGAGGCUGGCCCGAGCCCGUCUCGCCCGCUGUCUGGCCAGCUUUGUGUCGGGGUACUGUAGCAUACAGCUGCUGCAGGGGAGAGAGACGACUGACGAGAGAGAGAGGAAAACGAGUGAUGACGGAUCAAAAGCCAGAGAACCAGCCACAGAACCGACCAAGACGGCCGGCCGCACGCUCGACCUGACGCUGUUCGCGGCCACGGGUGCAGCCGACGUGUUGGUGGGCAGCCUGUGGGCGCGGUGGCGUGGACGGCGGUCUGCCAGCCAAAGCAGACGGCGCUGGACGCGGACAGAGGCGCUGGUGGGUGCGGCGAUAGACCCUGCGCUGUUUGCGCUGUCGUCGGCGCUGGUGAUGUGGACGUGGAUCUACGAGCCGUGGCGGCUGCCGCGUUCCUACGACCGAUGGAUCACGGCGGCCGCAGCCGUGGACGGACGGCUGAUCGAGGCGCUGCGACGGUGUCGUCGAGGGUCGCUGCGAUAUGGAGAGCAGGCAGAUCGGCCAGACAACGACCAGAGCUGCCUCCUCCAGGAGAUGUGCCGCGACUACGGCUGGCCGCCGGUCUGGGGCGACCCCGCCUUCACGAUGCCCUUUCCCUGCGACAUGGUGCACAUGGGCUGCGGGCCGUCGUGCGAGCGUCACGCUGUCGUGCGACUAUGGCGAUCGUGGCGCUGGGCUCUGGCCACCUAUCUGCCGCUGAGCCUGACACUGCUUCUGCGGCCAGUGCGUGGUGCUGGUGGUGCUGCUGCUCGUCCCCGUGCCCUGCUCCGUCGCCUCGUGCGCGCCCUUCUCGCUGCUGCCCGCUCGUCUGCCUUUCUCGCCGCCUUCGUCUCGCUCUUCUUCUACGGCGUCUGUCUGGCUCGCGUCCGCAUCGGUCCCCGCCUGCUCGGCCGCUCCGCCGCUGCCUGCCAGGCCAUCGAUGGCGGCCUCUGCACCGCCGCUGGCUGUGCCCUUUGCGGCUGGAGCAUCUUGCUUGAACGUCCUGGCCGCCGCAGAGACAUCGCCCUCUUCGUCGCUCCGCGCGCCCUCGCCACCCUCCUGCCGCGCCGCUACCACCACCGCUACCUGUGGCGCGAGUCCCUGCUCUUCGCCGCCAGCUCCGCCGUCGUCCUCACCACCGUCCGCGAACACCCCCGCCGCGUCCGCGGCCUGCUCGGCUCCGUGCUCAAGACCGUCGUCGCCCCGUGA